AUGCUUUUUCUUAUUGGUUUUGCAUGGCAUGUAGCAGCUAGUUUUGCAUUUCUUCUUGCUAUUCUAACUUCAAAUUGGGCAACAUAUCAAGUGUCUACAGUAACUUUUGGAAAUAUAACUGUUCAACAUGGUAUUUUUUAUGUAUGUGAACCCGUUUUAAAGAUUGGUAUUUAUGAAACAGCACGAUGUGUAUCAGUAAUCGAUAUAGAUCCAUCGAAUAAUACAGUAGAAACGUUGAAAUAUCCUAUUAGUAUGGCAUCAGCAUCACUUGCUAUUAGUUGUGCUGGACUAAGUGUUAUUGCUUUAUGGUUAUCUGGUAUUUAUUUUAAUCGUCGUACAAGAGAUACAUGUACACAAUGUUUUCUAAUAUCUGUUGCGAUUUCAGUAUUUGUUGCUUUUUGUACAUCAGUUGCUGUUUGGAUUUUAAUCAUAUCAGAAAUUGCUGCAUUUGGUCAAAAAGUUGAUCGUUUACUAUUUAGAUGGCCUAUGUGGUUAGCAGUUGGGGCAUCAGGUGGUUUUCUUCUAGCAUUUAUAACAAUGAUUUUAUCAUUUUGUAGAGGACUAAGUUGUCGACGUAAGAGAGCAAAUCCAUAUCGUACUGAAACUCAAUUUUAA